AUGUCAAGUAUAAAAGAGAAAAAAAAUUUACCGUUUUACGCUAACUUUACAAUAGCUGGAUUAGCUGGAAUGGGUUCGGCCUUCUUCGUUCAUCCGUUGGAAGUGCUUAAAUUCCGGAUGCAACUCAGCGGAGAGAAAGGCACGACUGUAGAUCAUAAGAACUCGUUCUAUGCGAUUGUGAAUAUGGCAAAACAAGAAAAGCUUUCGGGAUUUUAUAAAGGAAUUACUGCAAACUUUACGAGACAAAUGAUUUUUACAUCAACCCGGGUUGGUUCAUACACUUCGCUCGUGCACGAAAUGAAAAAACGAGGAUAUGACAGCGUACUGAAUAAUGCACUCGCCAGCAUGACUACCGGAGCUUUUGCUGCGUUUAUCGCUACACCGGCAGACAUUGCUGUAGUCCGCAUGACGUCCGACGGACGUUUGCCGAAAGAAUCAAGACGUAACUAUAAACAUGUUUUCGACGCUCUUUUGAAAAUCCGAAAAGACGAAGGCAUUCGCGGGCUAUGGCGAGGAACGGUGUCCUCGGUGAUUAGGGCGAUGACUGCCAAUGUAACGCAAUUGAUGUCUUAUGACUCGGCCAAAGAGUAUCUGAUGGAAUACCAAAACAUGGAAAAUGGCUUAAAGCUUCAUACAGUAGCGAGUAUGAUUUCGGGAAUUCUAUACUCCGUUUUUUCGAAUCCAAUGGAUGUAAUUAAAACACGAAUUCAACAACAAAAAAUUGUAGAUGGCAAAUCAGAAUAUACAGGUUUUAUUGAUGUGGGGAACACUUUGUUAAAAACUGAAGGAGUGAAAGCUUUGUGGAAAGGAUGGCCUUUUUAUUAUUUACGAAUUGCCCCAGGUACAGUCUUGUUGUUCAUUUUCAUGGAACAGUUGAACAAUGGUUACAGACAAUAUAUUAUGAAUGAACCAAUCGAAGAUUAAUUGGAUUGAAUUAAUUAAUUAA